AUGACGCGGAAAGACGCCCGCAUGAAGUCGGUCAACGAAGUGUUUGGUGCCAUGCAAAUCAUCAAGCUGACCGCGUGGGAAAACAAGUUUCAAGACAAAAUCACCGCGGACCGGGACCGCCAGCUCAAGUCGCUGUGGCGAAUCUUCAUUCUAUCGAGCGCGAUGACAGGGUGCCUGUACUCGGCCCCCGUACUCGUCAGCGUAGUUUCGUUCGCCACGUACACGACGGUGAUGUGGCAACCGCUGAAUGCGACUAAAGUCUUCACGGCGCUCACGCUGUUCAACCUGCUCAAGAUUCCCCUUAUACAGCUACCCAGUAUCAUUGCGAGCAUGAUGCAGGCGCUGGUGGCCCUCCGCCGCAUCAUGGAGUUUCUGCAAAUGGACGAGAAAAAGUCGCACAUGGUGCUGACGCCCCACACCGCCCCCGACGAUCUGCUGAGCGCGUACGCCCGACACAAUGUAGAUGUGUGCAUGGACAAGUGCAGCUUUGGGUGGGACGCCGCCAAGCCGCUCUUCACGGACGUCAACUUGACCGUCCAGCGCGGCGAGUUUGUCGUGGUCCAUGGGUCGGUCGGCGAAGGCAAGUCGUCGCUGUGCGCGGCACUGCUCGGCGAAAUGGACAAGUACGAAGGCACGGUGUUUGUGGGCGGCCGCGUCGCGUACUUUUCGCAGCAAGCGUGGAUCCAAAACAUGACGAUUCGGGAAAACAUUUUGUUUGGAAAGCCAUACGACCGCGUCAAGUACGCCAACGUGUUGGAAGCGUGUGCGCUGACGAAGGACCUGGCGCUGUUUGCGGCCGGCGACCGGACCGAGAUCGGCCAGAAGGGGGUGAACUUGUCUGGCGGGCAAAAGGCGCGCAUCAGUCUGGCGCGGGCGUGCUACAGCGACGCCGACAUUUUCAUCUUGGACUCGCCGCUGUCGGCCGUCGACGCGAUCGUGCAGAACGAGAUCUUCACCAAGUGCUUUCUCGGUCUGUUGCGCCACAAGACGAUCGUCCAUUCCCCCGAGAUCAUCGCGUCCAAGUGCAUCGACCGCACGAUUGAAGUCAAGAACGGACAAGUCAUCGAAGCCACGGUCGCCAACUGCGACAAGGCCGACCAGCCCAUUUUGGUCAACUCGCUCGUGGGUCGCCGAGGCUAUCGCGACGACGACGCGUCUCCAUUGUCGAUGGACGAGGUCAGCACCGAGCGAUGGGACUUGCUCCUCACUCCAUCCGCCGCGACGCCGUUCCCACAACACUUUGAAGGAGUCCCAUUUACGCCGUACCACGACGAUGCUAGCGCAGGCUUAGCGUACGACGACCCAUCCAGCGGCAAACUCAUCCAAGAAGAAGGACGGUCGCGGGUCUCGUCCAAAGUGUUCGACUCGUACCUGACGGCCAUCGGCGCGUGGAAAAUGCUCGUCGUUUCUGUCAGUGUCGAGCGACUUUGGUUGAGCACGUGGAGCGCGUCGGCCGACGUCGUCACGCCCGACGAGUUCCUCCAUCAAGCGGGGUCCUACCUCACCGUGUACACGGCCUUGACUUUUGGAGGCAUCUUCAUGACGGUGGUGCGCACGCUCUCCAUCUACUCGUGUGGCGUUCGUGCGUCGCGGCAGCUCUUUGACCGCAUGACAGCUUCCCUCAUGCGCGCCCCCAUGCAGUUCUUCGACACAAACCCCCUCGGCCGCAUCCUGAACCGGUACUCGAACGACAUCAACACAGUCGACACGGCGAUCCCGUUCAACAUUAGCGGGUUGCUCGCGUUCAUCUUUAGCGCGGUCUUUGCGCUUGCCACGACGUUGUACGUGGUCAGGUCGUUCGGGCUGCUCAUCCUUCCCCUGCUUUACCUGUACAAGUUCAUCGGAAUGUUUUACAUCCAUCCAGCGCGCGAAAUGGAGCACGUGAACAAGACAACCAAGUCGCCGCUGCUCAAUUUGUUCUCGGAAUCGAUCGAAGGCGCGCUCGUGAUCCGCGCGUUCGGUCAAAAGCAAGUGCGCCGCUUCCAGCGCAUGCACUUUCGAAACGUAGACGGGAACAAUGCAGCGUCGUUCGCCGCCCAAAACGAGAUCUUCACCAAGUGCUUUCUCGGUCUGUUGCGCCACAAGACGAUCCUCCUGGUCACCCAUUCCCCCGAGAUCAUCGAAUCCAAGUGCAUCGACCGCACGAUUGAAGUCAAGAACGGACAGUUGAUUCAAACAAAGGUGGAGAACCAACGCUCUUCAAGUGCUCCACUUGUCCCUCCUUUGCGCGUGCGGGUGGGUUACGCCCCAGACGCGAAAUCCCCCGACAGUGGCCACCAAGGCGAGUACCGUUCGUAUGCUUCAUCAAACUGGGACAGCGCUCUGCUGACCCCGUCGACGUCGUCGCCGUAUCCGUCGGCCCUGUCCGGCAUGCCGUUCACCCCCUUUGACGAAUCCAGCUUCGACGACAACCAGGCGGUCGACUCUGGCCGCCUCGUGCUGGAUGAAGGGCGGUCGCAUGGGCGUGUGUCUGCCAAGGUGUUUUCGUCCUACUUGCAAGCGAUUGGGGGGUGGCCCAUGUUUGUGUUUUGGGUGAUGGUGCUAGCGAUUUGGCAAAGUCUGUCGAUUGCGGGCGACUUGUGGCUGAGUCACUGGAGCGCUGCAGUUCAAUUGAGCCCGUCUGCGGCGGCCGACGCCACAGACUUGAAGGGCGCCAGCUACUACCUGUCCAUUUACGCGGGACUGGCGCUCGGCAGCGUUCUCAUGACGAUGGUGCGGACGCUGUCAAUCUUUUCGUCGGGGGUGGCGGCAUCACGUCGGCUCUUUGACAACAUGACGUCCGCGCUCCUUCGCGCGCCGAUGCGCUUCUUCGACACAAACCCGAUCGGGCGCAUCCUGAAUCGGUACUCGAAUGACAUGAACACAGUCGACAGCAACAUUCCGUUCAGCGUGAGUGCGUCGCUGGCGGUCGCAUUCAUGGCGCUGUUUUCAUUUGGGACAACGAUCGUCGUGCUGCAGUGGAUUGGGCUCGCUUUGCUGCCGCUGAUCUACUUGUACGUUGUCAUCGGUGGGUUCUACGUCGAACCGGCGCGCGAAAUGGAGCGCGUGAACAAGACGACCAAGUCGCCGCUGCUCAAUUUGAUCUCGGAAUCGAUCGAAGGCGCCGUCGUGAUCCGCGCGUUCGGCCAAAAGCAAGUGCGCCGCUUCCAGCGCAUGCAUUUUGGCAAUGUCGACCACAACAACGAAGCAUCGUUCGCGUCCCAAGUGAUCUCGCAAUGGUUUGCCAUGCGAAUCCAGCUCCUUAGUGCCACACUGCUCUUGUGCAUCUCGACUGCCUUGAUCUUCAUGCGCGCGUACGUGAAUCCGGGCCUGAUUGGGCUUGUCUUGAACUAUUCGUUCACGGUGCUGCCCUCGUUCCAACGACUUGUGGCCAACUGGGGCCAACUCGAGACGGCCAUGGUCGGGCCAGAGCGGCUGGCGGAUUACGCCAACAUCGAGCCGGAAGCACCCCGCGUGAUCUGUGGCGCCGUCGCCAAGGACUGGCCCACGACCGGCGACGUCGAGUUUGACAGCAUGAGCUUCCGCUACAAGCCGAACGACCCGAUGGUGCUCAAGGACGUGAGCGUCCACAUCACGUCGGGUGAAAAGAUCGGGAUCGUCGGUCGCACGGGCGCCGGCAAGUCGAGCUUGACCAUGGCCCUCUUCCGCAUCAACGAACUGGCAGGCGGUACCAUCAAGAUCGACGGCGUCGACAUUUCACGCGUCGGCGUCAAGACGUUGCGCAGCAGCAUCGCGAUCAUUCCCCAAGUCCCCGUGCUGUUCAAGGGGACGCUGCGCAACUACCUGGAUCCGUUCGGCGAGUACUCGGACGGCGACUUGUGGGGGUGUUUGCAAAAGGUGCGUCUGGCGGACCGCAUCGCGGGCGUCGACGGCAAGCUCGACAGUCCCGUGGAAGAGAACGGCGAGAACUUUAGCGUGGGCGAGCGGCAGAUGCUGUGUAUGGCGCGGGCGCUGCUGCGACAGGCGCGCAUCGUCGUCAUGGACGAAGCCACGGCCGCCAUCGACCACGAGAUGGACCAGAACCUGCAGCGCGUGAUCCGCACCGAGUUUGCGUCGUCGACGGUGCUCACGAUCGCGCAUCGUCUCGACACGGUCUUGGACGCGGACCGCAUCCUCGUGUUUGACCAGGGGCGGUUGGUGCAGUGCGACUCGCCGGCCGUGUUGGUCGGGGCGGGCGCCGGCAUCUUCUUUGAGUUGUGCCAAGAGGGCGGGUACUUGGACAAAGUCGUCGUCGGCACUGAAAAUCUGUAAUGACACCAAGGCGCUCUCAAAAUCGACCACUGAGAUGGAAGAAGCGCCUAUUUCAUGCAGAUUUGCUUUUUCACAACAGGCCGAAUCGUGCCAGAUGAAGAGUGCGAUAUGGCGAAGGCGACGUUCACGUCAAGCAAGGCGGUAGGAAUACGAUGUCGUCGACGGGGAGGAUGUGGGUGGCUUGCUCGAUAAGUUUAUGUGGUGUGGGAAAGGUCCAGUCAGUGAAGUAGUCACAAGAGCUGUGUUGAAGCAGCCAUAGUUUGGGAACGACAGACGUGUAUGGCCAGCUACAUGGCCGCGCGCACGGCGCCGACACUUCGAGUUGGUGCAGCCAUUACAAG